GUAAAUUCCUAAAUCACACUUUCUGAGCGUACGACGUCGUUCCUUCUGAAACCCUUUUCCACAGUCGCAUCACAAAUCUGUCUCUCUCCUUUGAACAUUUUCGGUUGUGAAAACCUUCGAUCUCCUCAAAAACUAGACGUGGUAACAAGCAAUGGCCACCUCAAUUGCCGCCAUGACGGCUCGCAGAGCUGCUACUCUUGCUCGGCUCUCACCAUCCACUCGAGCCGCUUCUCUGGUUUCCCGCCGCGGCCUCGCUGGCACAGCUGACCUCCAUGGGCCACCGAAGGUUAAUAUUUGGGAAGACCCGAUGAGUCCGUCCAAGUGGAAGGAAGAACAUUUUGUGAUUGCCUCUUUAACCGGGUGGUUUACCCUUUUCUACGGUGCUUACAAGGCUUUUAGUGGAGGCAAGGACAAAGGAGAGAAAGUAGCAGAAACAGCACAAUAGGACGGCGGUUCAAGUUGCUGUUAAUUUUUUCUUCUAAUAAUAUGUGCUUCAACUUAUUGUUUGUGUGAAGAAAGUUCAUCUCCACCUGGUUUCUGUAAUGAUCAUUAAGAAUAUUCAGCUGAUUGAUUUCUCGACGCUGUACUUUUUCUGGUGGAAGAAUGGAUGUCCUCUCUUUCCCUAGUCGUUUUCCUGUUCCAACUACAUCUUUCCAGUUGCUUGGGAAAUUUUCUGAUAAUAAUGAAAACCAUAAUUUUGUUUUACCA